AUGAGCGCUGAACACGAUUUUGCUGCGGAGAAUCCGCCGGUUUCUCCUCAUUCCGAUGGCGACUCUGCUCCUGUUACCUUGGAGGACGAAGUUUCUUCGCCUAACACCAAGACCAUACCGGUCCUACGCUCAACCUCUGAUAAGGUUUCUGGGAUCACUCCCUCUUCCACACAUAUCGGCCAGGUCAAUGCGGCACGAUAUGGCGGCGGUGGUGGUGGGAUCAAUACCCGUCCGCAGGCCUCCAUAGGCAGUGCGAGCCAGGAUAUUCUAGCGAAGAUGAAGGCUUUUCAACUUUCAAGACAAGGGGUUCCUCCCAACCUAAACCAGUCCGUCUCGACAGGAGCGAUUUCGCAAGGCGGUCAACAAAGCACACCCAGCGUAUCUGGUCCAUUAUCAGGUAAUAACUCUCCUUCGGCCAUGAACGGCCCAUUGGCGCCAACCGCUUCAGGGCGGCUUCCUCCAACUCACCGUCCAGGACCUCCGAAGAAUUGGGCUUCCGCUCCUACUGUCGGUGGCGGCUCUCCCGUGAGCGGCUCUCCUAAAGGUGGCCUGGCGGCGAAACGCAUGAAGCCCGGACUCAAACUAUCAGAUGCUACUGGACCAAGCAAUCCGGCAGCUGGAGGUCAGUCCCCCGCCGGUGGACCGAUUGGAGGUGGAGAGUCAGCUUUCAGCAAGUAUUCGGAGUACAUUGACACGAAAUCGGGAACCCUGAAGUUCAAGAACAAAGCCGUCCUCCACGGAGGCGGGAUCGAGUUCUCGUCCGGCCAAAGUUUCAGCAUCUCUCUAGAUGAAGUGGAUCGUAUGGAUGAAUUGGGCAAGGGAAAUUACGGAACUGUAUACAAGGUUCGGCAUAGCCGCCCGCACAUGCGCAAACCUGGACAAGGCUUGAGUGGGAUUGUCAGCAGACCUCAAGGGUCUGACGGUUCAGAUACCGAAUUGAAGCCGCAAGAUUCCCUGACUGGCGCCGUCAUGGCUAUGAAGGAGAUUCGGCUGGAGUUGGACGAGAGCAAGUUUGCGCAAAUCAUCAUGGAGUUGGACAUCCUCCACCGAUGUGUUUCACCGUUCAUUAUCGACUUCUACGGUGCCUUCUUCCAGGAAGGUGCUGUGUACAUUUGCGUUGAAUUCAUGGAUGGCGGCUCCGUUGACAAGCUUUACGGCGAUGGUAUACCCGAGAACAUUCUUCGCAAAGUGGCGCUUUCUACUGUUAUGGGGUUAAAGUCUCUCAAGGAUGAUCAUAACAUCAUCCACAGAGAUGUGAAACCCACGAACAUUCUUGUUAACACACGAGGUCAGGUUAAAAUUUGUGACUUUGGAGUUAGCGGAAAUUUGGUUGCCAGUAUCGCCAAGACGAACAUAGGCUGCCAGAGCUACAUGGCACCUGAGCGCAUUGCAGGAGGUGGAGUGCAGCAGUCAGGGGCCUCUGGCGGCACCUACAGUGUCCAAAGUGACAUAUGGAGCUUGGGAUUGUCCAUUAUUGAAUGCGCCAUCGGCCGGUACCCUUACCCCCCAGAAACUUUCAAUAACAUCUUCAGUCAGCUACAUGCCAUUGUGCAUGGUGAAGCUCCGAAUCUACCGGAAUCCGAGUACUCUGAGGACGCACAUUCCUUCGUCAGGGCGUGUCUUGACAAAAACCCUCAAAAACGUCCCACAUACAACAUGCUUAUCCGACAUCCUUGGUUAUCUUCAUUAAUGCAACCUCCUGACUCGGAUAACCCUGACGUACCAUCCGUUUCUCUUGCAGAUGGCGCAUCUGGCGACGUCACACCACCAGUUACAGAUGAUCAGGAAGUUGCGGACUGGGUCAAAGAUAGGCUGGAGAAACGGUUGAAUGGGCUUCUGAAAGACGAAACUAAGCCAGCACUGCACGCCGUUCCAUUGGAUGCCGUGCCUGGGAGCCCGCUUCUUGAUGACCCUCCCAUCGCUAACCUCUCGCUUGCGUCCUCCAUGCCAGAAUAGCCAUUUACACGCCUCCGUUCACCACCAUUAUAUGAAGACACAUAGCAAGGCCUACGGCCUACGCAUUUGCUCUGUUUCAUUAAUUCUGCCAUACCCUCUUUUUGCUGCUGUUCCGACGCAUACCUCCAAGAACUUCUGGCGCUGGCGCCACUCAGGCAGACAGUCUGGCUUUUUGAAAUCGUUUUGUCAGCUAUGGGCCACGUUUGGUGGUGUUUUGUAUGAAAGAAAACCGCUAGCUGAUAUGAACGUGCGGUCUUGCUUCGAUUUUUCCUAUGUGAUGAGCAGGGCCUACUCAAUACAACAGUGUAUGAAUGCUCCCAUGUACCGUAUUAUCUUCC